CCCUUCGUUCACUCAAGUCCCCAACUUUCGCGCUCGAUCCCUCGAGCGCGAGAUCCAGUCGCUCGCCCUGAAAACCCUAGCUCUCAUAUCAAUUGAUGUCGUCAGAGAGGAAACGAAAGAUCAGCCUCUUCGACGUCGUCGACGAGACCACAAUCUCCGCCAAGCUGGCCAGGGACACCAACUCCGGCGCCGCCGGGACCAGCAACGGAUCGACCUCGAUCCCUCCAUCGAUCAAUCGAUGGAACGGGCGUCCUUAUUCUCAGAGGUACUUCGAGAUCUUGGAGAAGAGGGAGACUCUCCCAGUUUGGCAGCAGAAAGAUGAGUUCAUGCAGGUUCUCAGGUCAAAUCAGACUUUAAUUUUGGUCGGGGAGACUGGAAGUGGGAAGACUACUCAGAUUCCACAAUUUGUUCUGGAAUAUGAUGGGUUAGGCAAACGUGGGAUGGUUGCUUGCACCCAACCUCGUAGAGUUGCUGCAAUGUCUGUCUCUCGUCGAGUUGCAGAGGAGAUGGAUGUGACUAUUGGUGAAGAAGUUGGAUACAGCAUUCGUUUUGAAGAUUGCAGUAGUCAUAAAACUAUUCUGAAGUACUUAACAGAUGGUAUGCUUUUAAGAGAAGCAAUGGCUGACCCACUUCUGGAGAGAUAUAAGGUGAUAAUUCUUGAUGAAGCACACGAGCGAACUUUGGCAACAGAUGUUUUGUUUGGGCUUCUUAAAGAAGUUCUAAAAAACAGACCUGACCUUAAACUAGUUGUCAUGAGUGCAACACUUGAGGCUGAGAAAUUCCAGGGUUACUUUAGUGGUGCACCAUUGAUGAAAGUACCUGGAAGGUUACAUCCAGUGGAAAUUUUCUAUACGCAGGAUCCUGAAAGAGAUUACUUGGAAGCUGCAAUCCGGACAGUUGUGCAGAUACAUAUGUGCGAACCACCAGGUGAUAUACUUGUAUUCUUGACUGGCGAAGAGGAGAUAGAAGAUGCAUGUCGAAAAAUAAAUAAGGAAGUCAAUAAUUUGGGUGACCAAGUUGGUCCGGUGAAAGUGGUGCCUCUUUAUUCUACAUUACCUCCAGCUAUGCAACAGAAAAUAUUUGAGGCUGCCCCACCACCAAUAAAGGAAGGUGGUCCCUCUGGAAGGAAGAUCGUGGUGUCCACUAACAUAGCAGAAACAUCACUGACUAUUGAUGGUAUUGUUUAUGUUAUUGAUCCUGGAUUCUCUAAACAGAAGGUCUAUAAUCCUCGGAUUCGUGUUGAGUCUUUGCUUGUCUCACCAAUAUCAAAGGCAAGUGCUCAUCAAAGAUCAGGACGUGCGGGGAGAACACAACCUGGAAAAUGCUUCAGACUUUACACGGAAAAGAGUUUUAAUAAUGAUUUACAGCCACAGACCUAUCCUGAAAUUCUCCGGUCUAAUCUAGCAAAUACAGUUCUCACCUUGAAGAAGCUUGGCAUUGAUGACCUUGUACAUUUUGACUUUAUGGACCCUCCAGCCCCUGAAACUCUGAUGCGUGCAUUGGAGGUUUUGAACUACCUAGGUGCUCUGGAUGAUGAAGGGAACUUGACAAAGUUAGGUGAAAUCAUGAGUGAGUUCCCCUUGGAUCCUCAGAUGUCAAAGAUGCUUGUUGUCAGUCCCGAUUUUAAUUGUUCAAUUGAGAUCGUAUCCAUAUCAGCGAUGCUUUCAGUACCAAAUUGCUUUCUCCGGCCUAGAGACGCUCAGAAAGCUGCAGACGAAGCGAAAGCUCAUUUUGGCCACAUUGAUGGAGAUCACCUCACACUGCUAAAUGUUUACCAUGCAUAUAAGCAAAAUAGUGAGGAUCCUUCGUGGUGUUAUGAGAAUUUUAUCAAUCAAAGGGCAAUGAAGUCUGCUGACAAUGUGAGGGAACAGCUUGUGCGCAUCAUGGCUAGAUUCAACCUCAAACUGUGCAGCACAGAUUUCAGUAGCCGCAAUUAUUACAUCAAUAUCAGAAAGGCUCUGCUUUCAGGGUACUUUAUGCAGGUAGCUCAUCUUGAACGCACUGGUCACUAUUUGACAGUGAAGGACAACCAGGUGGUGCAUCUCCAUCCUUCAAACUGCCUGGAUCACAAGCCUGAGUGGGUAAUUUACAACGAGUAUGUUUUGACCAGCAGAAACUUUAUCCGCACGGUUACAGAUGUUCGUGGAGAGUGGUUGAUCGACAUAGCUCCACACUACUAUGAUCUAAGCAACUUCCCCUCAUGUGAGGCAAAGCGCGUACUUGAGAGACUCUACAAUAAACGCCAGAGAGAGAAAGGGGAAAGCAAAAGCCAAAAUUAAAUGCUAGUAGCUUUGUGUCUGACCAUUGGAUCCAAUGUUAAGAACAAGCGAAUUUGAAGUAUGAGAAGUCUGCUGCUUACAUCUCCUUUUCCCUCUCCCAACGAAGGAAAUGAUAAGUAUCAGAAGGAGAAUUAUGCAUCACUCACAUUUUAUUUGUGCACUUAAGUGGAUAUUUGAACCUUUAGUUCUUAAUAAUUUGCAAGCAAAUCUACAUAAUACUGAAACUUUGUCUUGAUACUUAAAGAUGCUUAAAAAUAUUGUAGUCUUGAUAGUUUGAAUUGAAGUACUGUUUGUUUUUACC